ACAGCAGCACCUAGAGCAACUCCUACAGCAACUCCUACAGCAACUCCUACAGCAUCUCCUACAUUAGCACCUACAGCAAACUUUACAGCAUUUCCUACAGCAACUCCUACAGCAUCUCCUACAUUAGCAACUACAGCAAACUUUACAGCAUCUCCUACAGCAUCUCCUACAGCAGCACCCAUAGCAGCUUCUACAGCAGCAUCUACAGCAACUCCCACAACAUCUCCUACAGCAACUCCUACAGCAUCUCCUACAGCAGCACCUACAGCAACUCCUACAGCAUCUCCUACAGCAACUCCUACAGCAUCUCCUACAGCAUCUCCUUCAACAGCACCUACAGCAACUCCUACAGCAUCUCCUACAGCAACUCCUACAGCAUCUCCUACAGCAUCUUCUACAGCAUCUCCUACAGCAUCUCCUACAGCAGCACCUACAGCAUCUCCUACAGCAUCUCCUACAGCAGCUCCUUCAGCAGCACCUUCAGACAGCAUCUCCCACAGCAGCUCCUACAGCAGCACCUACAGACAGCAUAUUUUACAGCAGCUCCUAUAG